ACUUUUCAUUCUUCAUCAGGCUCAAUAUUGUCCUCGGAAAAGUUUUACAUUAUUUGAAGAAAAACUUGUUUUAUCAUUUGUUCAAACAAUAAAAACUUUAAUAUUGUAUCUUUAUCGUGAUUGAAAGGAAAACCGGAAACCGGACCAAUGGCGCCAAACUGGUGUACAUAUGGAUUUUUAUUCAAGCGAGAAAGCACGUAAUCAGAAAGCGUAGGAGUACAAAGUCCCGAAAAUAGUGUUCAACAACGGUGGACGACUUCACACACUCACGCAAUCAACUAUAAAUUGCUUUCGCAUAAAAUGUCCAUGGAAAUUGCAAUGAACGAGUACAGUGGUAUUGCAUCGGAUCCUCCGGAAGGAACGGAAGACCAACGGCGUGUAAUGAUUCUCGAUAACGAACAGCUGUUGCGAAAACCGGUUUCAGAUGAUGAAUUCGAUUUUGAUUCGGCGUUUAGUUCCGAAUCGAAUAACGUGUUGACGGACGAAAGCAUGGAAAUAGCAAUGCCGGAAUGUUCGGCGAGCGGAGCACUGGAGUGCGAUCGACUGCGGUCCCUGGAAGAUGAACACGAAACCUUAUCCUCCAAUUUAAUGGCACUAACAUCACAUUUUGCCCAGGUGCAACUGCGACUACGUCAGAUUGUUGAUGCACCUCAGCAGGAGCGAGAUCAUUUGUUGAAAAACUUGGAAGAGUUUGCGUUUUUGGGUAUUCCGGAAAUGCAACAAAAUCCAGUUAAAAAGAACAUUCCAGAACUGGUAGCCAACAUGGAUAAGGGUUCCGAAUCGGUCGAUAAACUUCGUAAAAAGCAGUAUGCUUUAAUCGAUCAAUUGAAAACUCAACUCAUUGAUUUGGAACGUUACGCUUACGAGUCCGGAACUGGCAUACUUCCGCAUACGAUUCUGCUAGAGAAACAGAAAGUGAUUAUCGAUGAAAUCAAAAACAAAAUUAAUUUAAAUUUGGACGAACUGGAUCUUCCCCAGCUGACUUCUGAGGACCUAAGGAAUCAGGUGGACACAGCACUGGAUGAACAACUAGUGAAUCCGCUGAAGAUGAAGGAACAAUUGGUGCUGCAACUUAAAACCCAAAUUCAAGACCUAGAACGAUUCAUAAAUUUUAUACAGACCAAUGAGAAAGCGGAGAUCAAAAAACGUUUUCUUCAGCAACAGGAACUAGCAAAAGCAGAAGCAGCUGGUCGUGCGGAAGCUCAAGAGCGGGCUAAACUGCGAUCACUUGCCGCCAGUCAACGUGAAAGCGAAACACAGAGGGCAACUGGGGAUACCUCUUCGAAAAAAGAAUCGCUCAACAGUAAAGCGUUCGGAUUGAUGGAUAAAGCAAGCACGAUACUGCAAAUGUUUGCCCUAUCACAGAUCAACUGUAGAAGCGACAGGAAUCAGGACGGUUUUCAACGCAAUAUGAUGAAACGGUCCAAGGAGAACUGCUGGGGUGACAUACGGGCAAAGUUGGAGAUUGACGUACAGGAAGUGGUUUCGCUGGCGAUGGAAAAACAAGAGGAUAUGCAACUUACGGAUGCGUCCAAUACGGACUAUGAGAACUGGAGAACGGACAGUUCGCGAAAAAGCUACGAACUGACAAUGAUCGUGCGGAAGCAGCUGGCAAAAACCAUUCAAGGUCUGAUGCAACAUGGACUGCGAGGAAUUUCCGAGAGUAGCGGAAGCAUUGUGCCGUUCAUUUCGGGUUGUUUUUCCGGCGGUGGUUAUCAUCAGCAGCAACAUAGUCAACCGAAAUCCAGUCAGGAACACUUCUAUCGAAGUGACACAAGCAGAAAAACCGACACCACCCGGAUGACAAAAGCAGCCACAACUCCGCCCAGACGCAAAUCUGAUUUCGUGGAAGAAGACGAACCGGCGGAACCGAACAUUUUUUCCCAACUUUAUCAGGAGGAAGAAGACGAGGAAGUGGUGCCCUACAGCGCUGAUGAAUCCGAGAUGCACGUCUGGGAGCUACUGUUGAUAUAUUACAACAUUAAGAACGGGGACCGAUACAACUCAACUCCGGCGAGAAAGCUAUCGGAGAGUUUCAAUUUGGACUUGGUUGAUGGGAGGCCACAGUCGAACAAACAGAGCUUGCUCAGUACUAUCAGUACGAUAGUUGCAUUACAUAGCCCUUACAAGAGAAGCUACAACUCGCAGUUCAAGGCUUUCAUAUGUGCGGCUUUGAACGCCCAGAAGCUAAGCCAGUGGCUUCACUUGAUCUACCAGUGCAAGGAACUGAUCAGCUCUUACUACACCAGCUGGAGUUAUGUCGCGAAUACGGGAUUCCGUGAUGCGACAAAGACGCUGGACCGUUUGACCCAGUACCAGUUUGAGUUACCGAUAGAUUUGUCCAUACGACAGUUUAAAAAUAUCAAAGAUAUAUUUAUUUAGAAUGAACCGACUCAGUUCUAAACAGUAAACCCCAUUUUUUUACGUUUCGUCUUCGACUCAUCAGUGCAUUAGCAGUUUCAAUUGAACUGGUAAUGCCACUUCGCGAUUCAACAUGAAGCGCUAAGCGAAGAAUAAGACUAUACCUUAAACUAUUGCUAACUAGAAUGACUCGUUGGAAAUUUUCCUAUGAUGGGACAGCAGUGCAACAUUCCUUUUUCCACAUUUCCAGCAAACCAGAAAUUCCCCCUUACACAUGUUUCCUGUUAGAACUAUAAAAAAUAUGCUUACUUCUCUCACAUAGUUGUUAAACAAUAGAAGAGCACGUACAAUCGAGAUUGCUGCAAUAAGAGAAAACAUUGCGACAACAUCCUCAGAAAGUAAAUUUAGGCCGCGUGCUAAUCCUAUCCAAUAUGACUAACUAUACGAUAUUUAUAUGGAAUGCCGGUGCAAUAAAAAAUUCAGCUACACUGAUAAAAAUAGGCACGAUCAAAUCAUGGGAAUUCAAACUAUUACUCAUUUUCAAUCAACUUUGAUAAUUUUUGCUAUCUGCUAUAGAGUUUUUCCAGUGUAUAAGUGCGUUUCUGCAUGGAAAAAAUAGAUUUCACAAAAACAUGAUGCAAUUGAAACCCAACUGAUUACCAAAGUGCCAUUCACGCUUAAUUCCGCAUGGUUUAAAACUUAAUUUUUUUUUUCUUUACAAUUUUAGAAUGAGUUCCGAUGAAAAUUUUUAAUGUGAUACUUGAAAAAUCACAUUUAUUUCGUGAUAUAAGUUUGAACCUAAGCUAAAACUAUGAUUUUCGUUAUUGCUCUGAUACCGAAAAAAAAAAUUGUAUUAAUUGACUAUCAAAUAUGAUGAUAUGAAAUUGUUAACGACGAUUAAAGAAAGUGUAGUUGAAUGAAACAUGAAACGAGAAUAAUUUUAAACAAGUAGGCCAGCGUAUCUAUUUUUCUCAGUGUUCCUAUCGUACUAUAGUAAUUUCGUUUCCUCGUAGACGGGAGAUUAUAUCAAGAAAAAGCAAAGGAGAAACCGAAAAAUAUCGGAGAAUGAAUAAAACAGAAAGUUAAACAAUAAAAUUAUGCAGCUUCAUGAAAGUAUUCUAGUCAAUAUAAUGUUGUUAAGCUACAGAUGUAACAUAUGAAAAGUAUUUAAUAAACAAAAUGUUUGUAAAGUUCUGUAUCAGUAUGCAGAAAUGAAAAAGAAUUAUAAUUAAA